CGCGAAACAACUUUCCCCCAACACACAACGCGUCACGUUCCUCCUAUUUUACAUCUUCACGUCUAAACUACAUUGCAUCGCAGUGUAAUAUUGUUGGGUCUUUUUAUAUCAAGGUGGUUUAGAUAGCUUACUGAACACGCGGACUUGCGACAAGAUGACGAAGCGCAGCUCGGACGUGUAUCUGGCGAUGGGGGAUGAGGAGCUCGAUGAGCAGAUUGAAGAUAUGGCCGUCACGGAUAGCUGUGAUGUUGUUCGCCGCAAAAUCCGCACCUUCCUCGACAACGGCGAGAUGAAAGUCGGCGAGUUCCAGAAAGAAAUCGGCGUAAACUCCAAAGGCUACAGCAUGUUCAUGAACCAGAACGGGCGCGACAAAGGGUCCGGCUCGUCAGUGUACACAGCCGCAUGGGCGUUCUUCAAGAAACGGGAGCUCCGCGGCAUCAAGAUGAAGCCGAAUAAGAAGGUGAAGACUGCUGAUGAGGGCGAUGCUGUGCCGAGCGUGGAUGGCGUUGAGAUUGAGGGCGAGAAGGAGGACAAGGUGCCUGUUUUUGAUACGUGUGACGAGGUUCGCAGGAAAAUCAAUCUGCACCUCAAGAAGCCGGGUGUUACGCAGGCGGCCUUUCUUCGCGAGGUGGCGGCGCAGUAUCACACCACGCCACCGAAGAAGAUUCAGUCCAAGCAGCUGAACGAUUUUCGGAGCAAGCACGGGGCUUGGGAAGGCAACACAUCGAGCGUCUUCUAUGGCGCUUAUGUCUACUUUGAAAAACUUCGCAUUAAGGAAGGCAAGCCGAAGGGCAAGAAGAGAGAGGAGAUGGAGGGGAUCUGGGGUAAGGAGGGAGGUUUGGACACGAAGAGUAGGCGUGAGUAUUUCACGUGUCUAGCGGGUGAGAGACCGGUUAUGGAUGCUCAUGGCAGAGUGUCGUUUGGUUGA